UUAUCGGCCGCCUUCGUCCUUCCCCAUUUUUCUGCCCUUCGAAAACAGACAUUUCCCACUGCCACCCCCGCUUGCUGCUGGCUGGAGGCUCUCCUCUCCUUUCCAAAAACACAAUAGCUUUCGCUUUCUGUGUCAUGUGAAUUCUCGGAAACCAGGAGGAAGGGGGCUGGCCGGUCAGCCGAAGCAGGACGUGGGGGUCGGGCCAGUGGGGCAGAGGAGAGAGAGGAGAUUUCCUUUGGGGGGGCACCAAGACGACGCCGGGGCCCUCGGACGGAUCCUCUGGAUGGGAAGCGAGGCCGGCUGGCACCCCGUGCCCACUUCGCCCACCAUGGCCGGGAUGGAGAAGAGGAGCAAGCGUCUCUGGGGGUGCUGCAUUGGGGGGUGUUGCGCCGGGGGGUGGAUCUUGGCUGUGAUCUUCCUGGGCCUCUAUCUGGCCCGGGAGCUGUCGAGUCCGGCUGUCCAGCUGCGGGAAUGCCAGUGGGAGCUGCAGAACCAAACGGCCCGGGCCCGGGCCCGAUCCACCUCCGCCCAGGAGCGCCUGAAGGCCUUGGAAGCGGAGCUCAAGCAGGCCAGAGGGGAACUCCAUGAGCUUUGGACCCAGCAGGAUGCCACCAACCGCAGCCUGGCCGAGACCCAGGGGCGCUGGGAGACCUGCCACUACCAGCUGGAAACCAUGCGGGAAAAUGCCACCGUCCAGGUGACUGAAGCCGCCCGGCACGAGGCAGAGAAAUGUGCAGCUGAAAAGCAAACGCUCCAGCAGGAAAUCUCGGACCAAGCGCAGGAGCUGAAGGCAGCCCACAGCCAGAGCCAGGAGGAACGGGACCGAUGCAGCGCACAAACCCAGGAGCUGAAAUCUCGGCUGGAGCAGCUUUCCAGCGGUUCCACCCGGGUCUCCUUUGGGGCUCCAGCUACAGCCUUCAUCCUUUCCGGAGCUGUCUUCCUCCUCCUCCUCCUCCACUUCGGCUGCCUCUAACCCUUUCGGACUUGGCCGCCACCUAGUGACUGUAAAAGGGUGUGACGUCCCCAGCCGCUUCGUCCACCGAUCUGCACCCAUCUUUUCCACCUGCAGAGCAGCUUUGGAGACUUAGUGGGGGGGGGAGAGAACCUUAGCACCCCACCCUGUCCCAUUGGCGUGUGGGGUCGCUUCUUGUCUUGCCCUGGAAAAUAAAGGCAUUUCUGGCACCUCC